AUGGAGAACCCAAAGAGUCGAACGACAUCAACCAAAUUCGGUCCCGAAGGUCAUCGAUCACGGCAUCGUCCAUCGAAUAAUAGUAUUUUCAACGUCGGUGAAUUGGUAUUAGUACGAUGCGAAGCUAGUAACGAACGUCUUCCAGCAUCGAUCGAUAUUGACAUACAACAUCAGCGCUGUUUAGUCGUAAUUUAUGAUGAAUAUAUGAACAUUAUCGAACAAGUGAAAGUUCGUUUGGAAAAUACUGAACAUCUCAAGCAAAAACAUUUUACUCAACAACGGUAUCAUGAUUUCGGACCAGUGGUACCAAAUUCAAUUAUUACAACACCAAGUCGUAUGACAUCAUCAUGA